AUGGCGCCUGAUAAGCUUGCGCCAAAUGACCCUCGAGUCAAGGCCGAGACGGCAGAGAUCCGGGGCAAGACUUACAAGUACAUUGUCGGAGAGCCUGAGAACACCCCCGUGGCAACCCUCGUUCUUGUCCACGGCUUCCCGGACCUUGGCUUCGGAUGGCGUUACCAGGUUCCUUACUUCAUGUCCUUGGGCUUCCGAGUUGUAGUCCCUGACAUGCUGGGUUAUGGCGGAACCGAUGCGCCUGAGUCUCUGAAGGAAUACACCUACAAGAAUCUGGCGGCUGACAUCAAGGAGCUGGCUCAGAAAAUAGUUGGAGAUGGACAAAUCAUCCUCGGCGGGCACGACUGGGGUGGUGCGCUCGUCUGGAGAAUCGCCAUGUGGCAUCCCGAGCUGAUCAAGGGCGUCUUCAGCGUCUGCACGCCUUACCACCCGCCAUCCGAGACUUUCAUCCCGCUCGACAAGAUCAUUGCCAGCGGCCACCUACUCAACUUUACCUACCAGCUCCAGUUUGCCGGCCCUGACGUCCAGGACCGCAUCCAAGGAAAGGACAAGGUGCGCCAGUUCCUGAACGCCCUAUACGGCGGCCGCGGGCCAAACGGAGAGUGGGGGUUCAGCACCAAGGAUGGCAUCCUGUUUGACAACCUCCCCCUCCUUGAGCGGUCGAGGCUACUGUCGGAGGAAGAGUUCGAGUACUACACAGAGCAGUACGCGGCACGGGGGAGCCCCGAGAUGCGCGGCCCGCUGAACUGGUACCGGAUGCGGGAGCUCAACCACGGAGACGAGGUCGAGAUUGCCAAGGCGGGGCACAAGUUUGCGAUGCCGGCGCUGUUCAUCACGGCGACGGAGGAUUCGGCACUGCCGCCGGCCAUGUCCCUGGGAAUGGACAAGAACUUCGACAACCUGACCCGAGGAGAGGUGAAGGCGUCUCACUGGGCGCUGUGGCAGGCGGCUGAGGAUGUCAAUGGGCAGAUUGCCAAGUGGGCGGAUGGGGUGCUCAACGGGGCAUUGAAGGCAUCUCUGUGA